AUGAGUGCCGGGGAUCGAUAUUUUCUUAGAUUAUAGCUUGGUGUGUGGCUUUGUUUUUCCACAACUUCUACAAAAUUUUCAACUAUGGCGACUCUUCCAAUACUAUCAACUGCCGCAAGAAGAUUGGAAGGUAAGGUGGCUCUGAUCACAAGCGGGUCUGCUGGCAUUGGAUCUUACACAGCCAAGUUAUUCUGCCAACACGGCGCCAAAGUCAUGAUCGCCGACAUUCAAGAUGAUCUUGGCCAUUCAAUUUGCAGGGACUUAGGUCCAACUCAUGCUUCCUUCGUUUACUGUGAUGUCACAAAUGAAACGGAAGUCAAAAAUGCCAUUGAUAAGUCUGUUUCCAAGCACGGCAAGCUUGACAUAAUGUUCAACAAUGCAGGCAUCAUAGGAAUAAAAAAACCCAACAUUCUUGACAACGAUACAACUGAAUUUGAGAAAGUUCUUCAUGCUAACGUAGUAGGUGCAUUUUUGGGCACCAAACACGCAGCUCGUGUGAUGAUACCAGCUCGUCGUGGAACCAUAAUCAACACAGCUAGUGUUUGUUCAGUAAUUGGAGGGGUUGCUUCACAUGAUUAUACAUGUUCCAAGCAUGCAUUGCUCGGGCUCACCAAGAACACCGCGGUGGAGCUAGGAAAAUUCGGCAUUCGUGUUAAUUGUGUGUCACCUUAUGCUGUUCCAAUUGCGUUGGCAAGGGAUUUUUUUGAGCUGAAAGAUGAGGAAUUCAAUGAUGUAUAUUCAAACCUCAAAGGGGUGUCUCUCAAGUCAAAGGAUGUGGCCAAAGCUGUUAUGUAUUUGGCUAGUGAUGAGUCUAAGUAUGUGAGUGGCCACAAUUUGGUCGUUGAUGGUGGUUUUACGGUUGUAAAUGAAGCUUUUUCAAUGUUCAAUGAAUAAGGAAUGGUGUGUGGCUUAUUAUAGGUCCAUCAAUAAUGGAGAUUUAAUACUGAACCCAAAAAACAUAUAAUUCAACCAAAAAGUUUUCCUUCCAUUCUCUGCUAAAAAUCAGGCUUAAAAAAAAUUAUAAAAAAAUAAAGUCAACAAAUAAAAUUAGCCUGUAUAAAAUUUUAAAAUAUAUAAAUAAUAAAUAUAAAGCUUGUGAAAACUUGAGGGACGAUUUGUUGGGUUAAAUAAAGGGAUAAUUCAAAAAA